CAUGGGUGUCUAAGAUCACUUCUUCUCCUUCUUCCCCUCUUUCAUGCUGUGGUGUCUGAAUGCAGGAAGAAGAGGUUGCUGCCAUUGAGGUGGACGCCUCCCAGGAGCUGUCCGUCAGUAAGCUGCUGGAGCGAGCCAACAGAGACCGCACCCCAGAUGUUGAUGAACCCUCUCUAAUCGGCGGAGAUAUCGCUUUGAAGCCCGAGGCAGAAAGGAAUGCUGACCCCUGCACCUCCAGAGGAUGCCUCUGGUUGAAAUACACAGAUGGAAAAGUCUACAUCCCCUACUACAUCGCCAACCACUACUCUUACCGUGAGAGAGAGAUCAUUGUCCGUGGGCUGGAGUCCUUCUCUGCGGUUUCCUGCAUCCGUUUCCGGCCCUACCAGAACGGUGAUCACGAAUGGUUGAGCAUUGAAUCCAGGAACGGCUGCUACUCAUACGUGGGCCGUCAGGGUGGGGCCCAGACGGUGUCUCUGAGCCGACAGGGCUGCCUGUACCACGGAACCGUCCAGCAUGAGCUGCUCCACGCCCUGGGCUUUAACCAUGAGCAGACCCGCUCAGACAGGGACAACCACAUCAGGGUCCACUGGGACAACAUCAUCGACGACAUGGAGUACAACUUCUAUAAGAUCGACACUCUGAACCAGGGAACGCCUUAUGACUACAACUCUGUUAUGCAGUAUGAGAGGUACGCCUUCUCCAAGAACAACCUCCCCACCAUGGAGCCCAUCCCAAACAGCAAUGUGUCCUUCGGCCAGGCCACACAGAUGAGCCAAAAUGACAUCACCAGGCUGAACAGACUCUACCAAUGCUAAGCUGCAGAUCCGGACCUUCAUCCAACAGGCUGAGGAAAGAGCUGGGCCUGAUGGGAGUUUGGUCGCUAACUCCAGUAGCAUCGCAUGUUGACUGGUGUCCAAAGAGAAUACAAAAUAAUAUUAAAGAAAAAUUCACAAACUGAUCAGAGCUUUGUUCAUUUGGAGUGAAAAGUUUGGCUGAGGAGUCAGACGAGAGGAGGAAGCCAUCAUGGCCGUUCAUCAUAAAACCAGUGUAGGUACCAGAUCUGCUGUGGUCCUGCUUCAUGCCAGCGACGUUACGCUAUAUGAGUGGCUGAAUGUAAAACAAUGUGGUUGCCCAGACAACGAUAAUAACAUCACGCAGCAUCAGUGUGCCGAGUCGGGAGCAUCUGUAGCUGUUAGUACCAUUUUUCUGUUCAGUAAUUUACGCCCAUAUUUGGUUAUUAGUUUUGGAUAUGUUUAGUAUUUGCAUAUUAUAGAAUAUUUACGAUUGCAUUAUAACUGCAUUAGUGGUUUACAGUGUUAAUAAUUUCCUUCUAGUUUAAUCUGCAUUCAGUUUAAUGCUUAGAAUUAUUUUGAAUGGAGAGUCAAUGACGCUGAGCGAUGAUGUUUUGGGAGCUCGCAUGUC